AUGUCUAGUAAAGCAAUUGGUAUUGACUUAGGUACAACCUACUCUUGUGUUGCACAUUUUGCAAACGACAGAGUUGAGAUUAUUGCCAAUGAUCAAGGUAAUAGAACAACUCCUUCUUAUGUGGCUUUCACUGAUACUGAAAGAUUAAUUGGUGAUGCCGCAAAGAACCAAGCAGCUAUGAAUCCCGCUAAUACGGUUUUUGAUGCCAAGCGGUUAAUUGGUCGGAAGUUUAAUGAUCCUGAAGUUCAAAGUGAUGUUAAACAUUUCCCAUUUAAAGUCAUCGAUUCUGAUGGGAAGCCCAAGAUUCAAGUGGAAUUCAAAGGUGAAGCUAAGGUGUUUACUCCAGAAGAAAUCUCCUCAAUGAUCUUAGUCAAAAUGAAGGAAAUUGCUGAGAAUUUCAUGGGUACAAAGAUCAACGAUGCAGUUAUCACCGUGCCAGCUUACUUUAAUGACUCUCAAAGACAAGCAACUAAGGAUGCUGGUUUGAUUGCUGGUUUGAAUGUUUUGAGAAUCAUUAACGAACCAACAGCUGCUGCAAUUGCUUAUGGUUUGGAUAAAAAGAGCCAAAGUACCGGUGAGAAAUUUGUGUUGAUUUUCGACUUGGGUGGUGGUACUUUUGAUGUUUCCUUAUUAGCAAUUGAUGAAGGUAUUUUCGAAGUCAAGGCCACUGCAGGUGACACACACUUGGGUGGUGAAGACUUUGAUAACAGAUUGGUUAAUCAUUUUGCAACCGAAUUUAAAAGAAAAUACAAGAAAGAUCUUACCGGCAACCAAAGGGCCUUGAGAAGAUUAAGAACUGCCUGUGAAAGAGCAAAGAGAACUUUAUCAUCUUCGGCUCAAACUUCCAUUGAAAUCGAUUCCUUGUAUGAAGGUAUUGAUUUCUAUACUACCAUCACCAGAGCGAGAUUCGAUGAAUUGUGUGCUGAUUUGUUCAGAUCCACAUUGGAACCCGUUGAAAAGGUUUUGAAGGAUGCCAAGUUGGACAAGUCUCAGGUCAAUGACAUCGUUUUGGUUGGUGGUUCUACUAGAAUUCCCAAGAUUCAAAAGUUAGUUUCUGAUUUCUUCAACGGUAAGGAACUUAACAAAUCUAUUAAUCCAGAUGAAGCCGUUGCUUAUGGUGCUGCUGUUCAAGCUGCUAUUUUGACUGGUGAUACUUCAUCCAAGACUCAAGAUUUGUUGUUGUUAGAUGUUGCUCCAUUAUCUCUUGGUAUUGAAACCGCAGGUGGUAUCAUGACCAAGUUAAUUCCUAGAAACUCUACUAUUCCUGCUAAGAAGUCAGAGACUUUUUCUACUUAUUCAGACAACCAACCCGGUGUGUUAAUCCAAGUCUUUGAAGGUGAAAGAACCAGGACUAAGGACAACAACUUGUUAGGUAAGUUUGAAUUGUCUGGUAUUCCACCUGCUCCAAGAGGUGUUCCUCAAAUUGAAGUCACUUUUGAUAUUGAUGCGAAUGGUAUUUUGAAUGUAUCUGCUCUUGAAAAGGGUACCGGUAAGACUCAAAAGAUUACCAUUACUAAUGACAAGGGUAGAUUGUCAAAGGAGGAAAUUGAAAAGAUGGUUUCUGAAGCAGAAAAGUUCAAGGCUGAAGAUGAAAAGGAAGCUGAAAGAGUCCAAGCCAAGAAUGGAUUGGAAUCUUAUGCUUACAACUUGAAGAACACCAUCGAGGAUGGUGAAAUGAAGGAUAAGAUCAAGCCUGAAGACAAGGAGAAGUUAUUGGCUGCUAUCAAUGAGACCACUAGCUGGUUAGACGGUGCCCAAGCUGCCACCACUGAUGAAUAUGAAGACAGAAAGAAGGAAUUGGAACACAUUGCCAACCCUAUCAUUAGUUCUGCCUACGGUGGUGCUGGAGGAGCUCCAGGUGCUGGUGGUGCUGGCGGGUUCCCUGGUGGUGCCGGAGGAUUCCCUGGUGGUGCCACAGGUGGUGCUUCAGGAAGCGACUCUGGUCCAACAGUUGAGGAACUUGAUUAA